AUGGCUUCCCAUCGCUACACCUACCACUUGACAAUAGAUUUUGUUGAUAAAUAUGAAAUAGGUCAUACGUCAAAAGGUACUGAUGCACUUAAUGAUUCUCAAAUAAAUAUUGGACAAUUAGUUCGAGAAGUACUUCAGUCUGAUGUAAUAUUAAAAGGUAUUUCACCAAUCGUUAAGAAAGCUAUUGCUCCAUUUGAAAAAAGAGUUGAUGAAUUGAAAAUUCAACUAAAUAAAUUACAAAUUGCUUUUGAUGAUCUGUCAACCUAUAAUAGAAGAACAAAUCUUCGGUUUUAUGGUAUUGCAGAAAGUAUUGGAGAAGAUACAAAUCAGUUAAUAAUCGAUACAUGCGCCAAAAUUGAUAUUACUAUUAAUAGUGAAGAUAUUAGUAUUACCCAUCGUAUUGGUAAAGUAAACAAUUCCAUGGGUCAACGUCCACGUGCUAUUAUUGUGCGCUUCGUGCGUUAUUGUACACGUCAAAUGAUGCUUCGGAAUAAGAAAAAACUAGAACGUGGUACUUCUAUCAAUGAAGAUUUAACGAAGUCUAAUUUAUCAAUUUUCAAAUACGCACGCUCGAUAUGUGUAGAAAAAAAGUGUAUUUAUACGUCAAAUGGUAAAGUUAUGUAUAAUGAUGGUAAAAAACGUCUCGAGUUAUUUUCAGUUCAACAUGCUAACGGUUUAAUUGAUGAUGGAAGGGAUUAA